GGGUGUGGAGCGCCCCUGGCCGGUUCGGGGCUUAUUCCGCGUCGGCCCCUGCGCGGGGGAGGCGGGGCGCGCAGAGGAGCCCGGCCCGCUGUAAACAUCCUCCUGAGAGGCCGCCGCGGGGCUCCAUGGAGACGCAGGGGAAGCCCCCGCCGCCCAGCAGCCAGCGCGGGCCGGUGCUGCACAUCGUGGUGGUCGGGUUCCACCACAAGAAGGGCUGCCAGGUUGAAUUCUCCUAUCCUCCCCUCAUCCCAGGAGAAGGACAUGACAGCCACAGUUUACCAGAAGAAUGGAAAUACUUGCCUUUCCUUGCCUUGCCAGAUGGAGCUCACAACUAUCAAGAAGAUACUGUGUUUUUCCACUUGCCCCCAAGAUGUGGAGAUCGAACCACAAUAUAUGGUGUCUCUUGCUAUAGGCAGAUUGAAGCCAAGGCACUGAAAGUGCGGCAAGCAGAUGUCACCCGAGAAACGGUACAGAAAAGUGUCUGUGUUCUAAGUCAGCUGCCUUUGUAUGGAUUACUUCAAGCAAAGCUACAGCUCAUUACUCAUGCCUAUUUUGAAGAAAAAGACUUCUCACAAAUUUCAAUACUUAAGGAAGAAAGGAGUUGAUACCCCUUGCAAAGCUUCACUAAUGAAUUUGUUCUCAACGUUUUAGGUCUGUCUCCCCGAGAUCUUGUCCUUCAGUUUAGACACAAGAUCUUAAUUCUUUUUAAAUUGAUUCUUCUAGAGAAAAAGGUGUUGUUUUAUAUUUCUCCAGUAAAUAGACUGGUGGGAGCACUGAUGACUGUCUUGUCUCUUUUUCCUGGUAUGAUUGAACAUGGUCUUACUGACAGUUCACAGUACAGACCAAGAAAGAGUGUAUCAGAGGAUACUGGCUUGCGGGAAGUUACUCCCCCUUUAGAUGAUUAUGUUUCUGUGUCUGUUGCUGACAUUUCAAAUACAAACUCAGGAGUGGGUGAGGAAGGCAGGAAGCUAUCAGGAAACCAUGUGUGGGAGGCUCAGAAAACAGAUGUGCCUUUAUCCCAUUCUGAAAAGAAUUGCAAUGGAUCACAGUCCUCCAAUGGCACUGGACAACAUUUGAAACCUCCUUCACGCACUUCUCCAGAGUCUUCUGAAAGCGACUGGGAGACCUUGGAUCCUAGUAUUUUGGAGGAUACCAACUUGAAAGAAGGAGAACAUGAAAAUAUGACAUCAGAACAGACUGAAAUCCUUUCAAAGGAAUCCCCAACGUCAGAAAGCCCUCCAAUUACUGUGCAACCUCAGGCUAAAACAGGACAUGUGGUUCUUGUUCCAGGACUGAUAUCAGGGUUGGAGGAGGACCAGUAUGGCAUGCCAUUGGCUAUUUUUACUAAGGGUUACCUUUGCUUGCCAUACAUGGCACUGCAACAGCAUCACCUCCUCUCUGAUGUAACAGUCCGUGGCUUUGUUGCGGGAGCCACCAACAUCCUGUUCCGUCAGCAGAAGCAUCUAAGUGAUGCAAUUGUGGAAAUAGAGGAAGCCCUUGUCCAAAUCCAUGAUCCAGAACUCAGGAAGAUCCUGAACCUCACAACUGCUGACCUGAGAUUUGCAGACUACUUGGUGAAGCAUGUAACUGAGAACAGGGAUGAUGUUUUCCUCGAUGGCACUGGCUGGGAGGGAGGAGACGAGUGGAUCAGGGCUCAGUUUGGUGCCUAUCUUCAUGCAUUGCUUGCUGCUGUGCUGCAGCCAGACAAUGAAAAGAUAUUGUCAGACUUCGGAACAGCCUUUGUAGCAACUUGGAAAAAUACACACAACUACAGAGUGUGGAACAGCAACAAGCAUCCUGCUCUUGCAGAAGUAAAUUCUAGCCACCCAUUCCAGGGCCAAUACUCUGUAUCAGAUGUAAAGUUAAGAUUAUCACACUCUGUCCAGAACAGUGAACGUGGCAAGAAAAUUGGAACUGCUAUGGUCAAUACCAGCCGGAAUGUUGUGCAAACAGGAAAAGCUGUAGGUCAGUCAGUAGGAGGGGCCUUCACAAAUGCAAAAUCAGCCAUGUCUUCGUGGCUUUCCACUUUUACCCAGUCAACACAAGGCCUCGGGGACUAAAAGUAGAGUCUGAAUACAGGCUUUGCACUCUGCUGUUGAGUAUUUCAGUUGUAUCAGUUUCUCUCAGCUGUACAAAGACUGCUCCAAAAUGAGGUAUGGAGACUUCUUAGUCAUGGAGGACCAAAAUGUGGUGUGUUUGUUUACAGAUAAAAAUGCAAUGGUUACCCUUUGGUUUUACUAGAAGUAUGAAUGUCUCCAAGCAGAGCAUGAAGAAUGGGAUGUAAAGCUCUUUCACAGUACAUUAGUUGUGUUUUUAAAUGAUUACUUUUGUUUAAAUCUGAGCCUUUAUACUCUAGCAAACAGGGUUUGUUGCAAGCAAAAUGAUAGGUUUGAAUUCAGAUUUGUACAUUUUGGAUGGUUAAGAUAUCUAUGUAAAUUAGCUGUAUUUUACAAUUCAAAUAGUCAAACAU